AGUCAGAGCGAAAGAGAGGCACCGACAGACAGGCAGACAGACAGUGAUUGUGAGCGUGCGUGAGUACUUGUUUGUGUGCGCGUAUUUGUACAAGUGUGCUUUUGUGGUGGUUGCGUUGUUGAGAAAGACAUGAAUGUGGACUUACGAGAAUGUAUUCUGUCUGUUUUCGUGCAGGCAAAGCAACAGAACAGAUGAACAUCCUGCAUAUAAAUCAAGGAUGAAUACGACGACUAACGCCGCCAACAGAUCACUAUUAAAACAACAUUACAGUGGCAAUCUAUCAAACUUCUCGGGGAUAAAUUCUUUGCCAGAUCAAUGUAAUAGCACGGCUCUCUCGACUGAUCACCUUACAGGUGGUAACUUCUGCGAAAGUACAUUUGAUGGAUACCUUUGCUGGAACCCAACAAAGGCAGGAGAACGUGUUUCCCAGCCAUGUCCUCUCAACCACGCAGGGCUUGCGUUCAAAGACUGCUUACCCAAUGCAACAUGGUUUCGCCAUCCUGUGACAAAUCUUCCCUGGACCGAUUUCACAUCUUGCUUCAUUAAUCACCACGCAGAAGAAGCUGUAGUUUCAAUUUUCAUUUGGGGUUACACAAUAUCAAUCAUCACUUUGAGUAUAUCGAUGAUCAUCUUUAAUAGUUUUAGGCAGCUUGACUGUGCACGAGUAUCAAUCCAUAAAAACUUCUUCAUGGCUUCAAUUUUAAAUGGACUUGUUUGGAUAGUAGAAUAUAAAGUUAUUGUUAAUGAAGGACACAUACUUCACGAAAACUUUGUCUGGUGCCAAGCAGUUCAUGUGAUCACACAGUACACUACUUGUAGUAAUUAUUUCUGGAUGUUCUGUGAAGGAUUCUUUAUGCACACACUCAUUAUGAACGCUUUUUCUACUUCAUGUCCGCUACUUUAUAUUUGUCAUAUCAUCGGAUGGGGUAUCCCAGCUGUUCCAACGAUUAUAUAUUCUGUUCUCAGAGCACUUUAUGGUGACAGUAAAAGAUGUUGGACUGGAAGUAGCAGAUUACAGUGGAUUAUAUUAGGACCCAUCAUUCUAUCAUUAUUGGUAAGCCUUGCACUUGGAGCAAACAUAUUAAGGAUGUUGCUUUCGAAAUUACGAGCCAGAAACACUGAUCCUUACCAUCAAACUAGUAUUUCACUUUUCAGUCGUGGUGUUCGAGCAACUCUACUACUAAUACCUUUACUAGGUUUGCAUUACUUCAUUCUACCAUUAAAACCAGAGGGAAAUGAAAAAAUGGAAUUUGUUUACGACAUUAUAUCAGCUUUACUGAUAUCUUUACAGGGAUUCUUUGUUUCUCUUUUGUUUUGCUUCUUGAAUGAAGAGGUCAUUUCCGUUAUUAAAAGAAAAUUCCAACAGAUCCAAAUACAAUUUGGCCAUAUAGACGUACGAAGACCAUCAAAUGCAUUAACUCUCGUAGAGAGUACAUCGUUCUCUACUAAAGGAAUUAAUAACAGCGUGCCAGGAAGUCCAAAGCAGAAUCGGACUGUCGAACGUCAAGCAAUGUUAUUACAUACAGAUGCCGAAUUGGGACAAUGAUACCAGUAUAUAAAAUAACCUUUGAAUGAUUUGGCUUUAAAAACUGAAUGAGCAAAAAAAAAAGGCAAAUUUGAAAGAUGGUUACUUGCAUAAGUAAAAUCAGGAAACAUUUGCGUUUGGUGCCAUAGGAAA